GACUCCUGGAUCCGGCCCAGGCCAGAGCGUGGGAGGAGGGCAGAGAGGCCUUUAAAACCCGAGGGCCCAACCCCUGUGUCUUCUGCAGGCCUGGGACAGACAGAAGGUCUCCCUGGUGAGGAAUCUCAUUCUGGGGGCUGCCUUGCUUGAGAAUCCCAGAGAUGAACGGCUUUCUCCCACUGGCUUGGUUCCUCAUUUGUAGUGUUCCUGCUGUAGGCGGGGGCUUGCUGGAGCUCAAGUCCAUGAUUGAGGAGGUGACCAACAAGAACGCCUUGAUGAGCUAUGGCUUCUACGGCUGCUACUGUGGCUGGGGUGGUCAAGGGAUCCCCAAGGAUGGCACUGAUUGGUGCUGCUGGGCCCAUGAUUACUGUUAUGGGUGGCUGGAGGAGAAAGGCUGCCAAAUCAGGACACAGCCAUAUACAUACAGAUUUGCACAUGGACGGGUCACCUGCGGGUCUGGGUCCCUCUGCCAACAGCAGCUCUGCACCUGUGACCAGAAGCUCGCCUACUGUCUAAAGAGGAACCUGAGGAGCUACAACCCUUUCUACUUAAACUUUCCCAAAGACGACUGUUGAUUGAGGCUUUUUUCCCCUUCUAUACCACGGAGCUCACUCAUGCUGCUGGGUUCUUUGCUGUUAGGCUCUUGAGAGAGGCUCCUGAUCUCGGCCCUCCUUCUCUCUCCAUGGCCCAUGGGGCUUGGAGGAGCCCCACGGCCACUCUUCAUGCUGCACAGAGUCCCAGGAGAGGAUCUCUGCUGGUAGGACAUGGUAAGGUCAGGGUCCCUGACCUCCGCUUGUGAGCUCGCCCCUAGCUCCGGGCUGGCUCUCUCCCCCUUACCCUGAAGACAGCACCACCCCCCAAUCCAGGAAGAUGCAUUUACUUUCCAGUUUCUGUAAUCUUGGAUUCUCACCACCACCCUCUAGAGAAUGUUUGCUCAAGGCAGAAGCCAAAUUGACCCUAUAAGUCUGCCAUAGAGAUAUUAAAUAAAAUUUAUUCUUAAGACAAAA